CAAACUCGUCACACAGCCGCAGCCGCUUCCAACCCAGCCUGAACGUUCCUUAGUUUCUCCCUCAGCUGAACAGAUCGAAAGCUGUGGUUCGUUUCCUCGGCCCUUACGUCUCUAGUUCUCCACAAUGUUCAAGUCAUCACCUAAUCCUUACGACGAGAUCGUUGCCAAGGCAACGGAUGAGAAUCAGACAAGUGAAAACUGGGAAAUAAUAAUUAGCCUUUGCGACAAAGUCGUAGAUGAAGGCGAAGGGGGCGCAAGAAAUGUCAUUGCUGCUAUACUGAAGCGCCUGGCGCAUCGCACAUCAAACGUCCAACUUUAUUCGCUCGCUCUUGCCGAGGCACUCUCAAAGAAUUGUGGAAUCGAAUUGCAUCGCGAAUUGUGCUCGAGGUCGUUUACCCAAGGACUGGAGAAGCUCGUCACUGACCGGAAUACUCAUGACAAGGUCCGGAAGCGAGCCCUUGGGUUGAUCAAAACUUGGGCUCUCGAGUUCGAGUCGGAUCCAACUUUGGGCAUAAUGUAUGAAUGCUACGAAAACCUCAAAUCGAAGCACUAUCGUUUCGAUCAAGCAACUGAGGCUCCGCCCCCAGAUGAUGAUGACAUCCGCAGGCGUGAAGAAGAGGAACUUCAGCGCGUCCUCGAGAUGUCGCGUACAGACACGGGCGGACUUGGAAACUCAUCAAAGGCCCCUUCCGUGUCUAAUGUCCCUUCCACCGCUCCGGGACCGGGACCUUCGAGACAAACAUCUCUCUCACAGCGUCCUUCCCUGAACUAUCGGAAGACGUCGGGCCCAUCGCCUACACCCGUAUACCCUACCGGUGGUUAUGUCCCCUCUGCUCGACCUGUCGUUUCAACCGUGUCAAGCGUUCCGGAAGCUUCUCCUACACACCCUUCCCCUGUAAGGCAGGAUACUGCUGAGACAUCGCCGACCCAGCCGAAGACACAGAUUGCACGACCAGUCGCUGUACCCUCACUAGCGACGUCCACCACUGUUAAGCCAGCAGAACUGGCCCCAGCACCAAAGGCAACGCUUUCAAGUCGCGUUCGUGCCUUACACACCUUCGAGCCCACUGAGCCCGGCGAACUUGGUUUUGAGAAAGGCGAUGUGAUCAAAGUCAUUGAAAGGCUCUACAAAGAAUGGUGGAAAGGCCAGUUAAGGGGGCAGACUGGGAUUUUCCCGGUGAACUACGUCGAACCCAUUCCCGAACCUACGCCAGAGGAGAUCACGCGGGAGGCGCAGCAGGAAGCGACGAUUUUUGCACAAGCUGCGGAAAUCGAUCAAUUACUUGAUAUGCUCAGGAAGGUUGAUCCUGCCAAAGAUAACCUGGCGGAUAAUGAAGAGAUACAGGAAUUGUAUCGUUCUUGCAUGGCCCUGCGACCAAAGAUUGUCAAGCUUAUCGAUCGCUACAGUCAGAAGCGAGCGGACCUCAUGAAUAUGAACGAGAGCUUUGUGCGGGCGAAGAAGAUUUUCGAUGAUGUGAUGGAAGAGAGCUUGGCGAAAUACAAUCCAGGAGCACCUAUAUACGAUUUUAAUCGCAUGCCGGAUCAGCCUGGCAUCGGAAGGCCCACUUCGGCAUACGGUGUUCGUCCGCCAACUGCCUACGGAUGGAACCCAGCCGUCUAUUCAAGUCCCCAGUCGCUGCUCAACCUCCAGGCCCAGGUGCAGGGUACCCUUUUGGGGGUCAUGAUGUUACGGCUCCGAAUUAUCAGGCCCAAUUCGGGGCUCCUCAGUCCGUCGGAUCCCAAACUUCGACUGCCCAUGUUCCGCAGAACCAGCCUGUUUCAGGCAUGCAGAAUGGCGCCUAUGCCCAAAUCCCAGUGCAGACCCAACCUUUGGGCGUUCCUGGUGGUCAUCCCCUCCCUCAACAGCUUCAAAGCAGUCCUGCGACAUACCAACAAGUACAACCAUUAUCCAACAUCCCCCAACAGCAGCCGCAGCCAUCAAAGACGCCAACGCCUCAGCAAAAUUUGCCCCAGCACUCGUUCCAGCCUAUACGGCAAGGUGGCGGCCUGAGUACUGAGGUGUCCGGAGGUUCUCAACAGCCUAUACACGGACAGCAACAGCAGCUUCAACAGUCUCAGCAGCCGGCGUCUGCUGCCCAGUCUCAGCCAGCCGAACCAACACAAUCUCCGCCAGGUAAUGAGUUGCCGCCCAUCGAUGGCAAACCUCCCUUCCCAUUCGAUGCGACGCGCAAGUAUGCCGAUCCUAAUGUUCAAGCAUGGGCCACAUAUUAUGCUAACGGUGGCACCGAGCCUGCCGGGCGAGCAUACUUUAUCCAUUCCACUCUUCCCACAUCCGUUACACUGAUGAAUUCGCCCC